AUGAGUAAACUCCUUCCACUUGUUAAUAUUGGUUCAAAAUCAGGCAAAUUUAAAUAUAUUCUUGCCCAACUUGGCCAAAAAUAUUUAGUUCGUGGUGAUGCAGCUGUUGAUAACCAUGAAAAACUCUUUAAAAACCUUCAAAGUGAAGCUGGUGGACCAUUAAAUGAUUUGUAUAUAUUAGGUGGUGGAAAAAUACAAGCUGAUUUUGAAAAGAAAAAAUUAAAUUUAUUCGAUCAAUCAGAAGCUUAUGGUGCUGCUGAUCAUAGAAGAUCAAAAACAAUUCUUCAAGAAAAAUAUCCUGAUUUUACCAUCACACUUGGUCCACCUGAUGCAAAUGCUAAAAAUUAA